UUAUCAAAACUAAAUACUUCUAACGAACAGUUAGCGCAAGCUGUUCUCACCAUGGAUAAAGAUGGCGAAUUAUCUGUAGAAAUGCUUGAACAGCUCUUGAAGUUUGUACCCACUCCCCAAGAAAAAAAUCUGCUCAAUGAUCAUAGUAAGGAGAAAGAACAGUUUGCCAAAGCAGACAGAUUUUUAUACGAAAUGUCCAAAAUCAACCGUUACGAACAACGAUUGGCAACUUUGUUUUACGUGAAACGUUUCCCAGAACGAAUGGGCGAUAUAAACACAAAAGUUAAAGCUGUGAUAGAAGCAUCUAAGCAAGUGUUCCGCAGCAGAAAAUUCCGUGAUUUACUUCAAGUUGUAUUGGCCUUUGGGAAUUAUAUGAAUCGUGGAGAAAGAGGAAACGCUACAGGGUUUAGAAUUGCCAGUAUCAAUAAGAUCAUGGACACAAAAUCAAGUUCGAACAGCAAAAUUAAUCUUUUAGAUUACUUGGUCAUGCUUUUGGAUCAAAAGUUUCCGGCCGUACUGCAGCUUGAGGAAGAAUUGGGAGAUGUUAAGACAGCUGCUAAUGUCAGUCUUGUAGAGUUAGAAAAAGACGUAAAGAAAUUCAAAACAGAACUCAAAACAGUUGAAAAGGAGUAUGAUUAUCAUGGUAAAAAUAAGGAUAAAUUAUCUGGUGAUAAUUUCCUUCAAGAAACUGGAACGUUUCUCACAGCUGCACAAGCGUCGUUCAAUGAACUUGAUGAUUCCUUGAAGGAGAUGAAAACAAGAUACGAGAAAUCUGUUUCGGCGUUUGGUGAACAACCGAAGACCAUUACCUCGAAAAAUUUCUUUGGCAUUUUUUACACGUUUUUAGUAUCUUUUGCCGAGGCGAAGAAUGAGAAUGAAAAACGAAAGAAAAAAAAACUUGAGGAGGAAAAAAAAGCGAAAGAUGAAGCUUAGGUUAGAAACAGUGGAAGUGUCCUUUUAUACAUUGAAGAGGGAGCUAUCAUAACG